GUUGUCAUCUCUGCAAUGGCGGCGGAUUGAACGUUCGCCGUGCGGGACAAGUCUCCUAAGUUCAGCAUUGUCUUUAGUUCAUCAUACAUCGCAAACUGAAACAUCCACUGAAGCAAAUGAUCACCAUGCUGUCAUUCAAUGAUGAUGGGCAGGAUGACUUCAAACAAGGUCCACACCACAGUACUCCUAUCAAGGUUUAUGAUAAUAUAAGUCAUGACUCACCGACCGACAGUUUCACACUCGCCGACAGACAUGGGAACAAACACCACUUUCCUCAUCAACAUUCAUCGGUUUUGCCCUUGUGUCAGGGUGACCCGCUUUCUGGACAGUGCACCACACACCGUCAUUGUUCACCACAACAACACCAACCUCACAGCCAUCACAACCUCCAUCGACAACAGCAGCAUCAGCAGCACAAUAGCCGCUGCGCUUCCUAUUAUGACUCGUGCGACGAGACGUUGACCCUGGAGGACAUAUCGGUGAUAGAGGGUUCUUUUAUGACGAGGGCCAGUCCAGACGACCGAGCAACGAGUCCAGCUGAUGUCCUGGAUCCCACACAGCCACGGGAGUUGCAGACAGCUGAUGUAGAUGAACGCAUGAAACAUCAGUGCUCUCACGGUGUUCCCACCUCCUCACAUUUCUACAACCCUCCUUAUUCAAAUGAGUCCAAUGUUCCUUAUAACCAGACGACUCGGUGCUCCUUAGGCACAGACAUUACGUGGGCGAGGUAUCUCUCGUCUCAGACGGUUGACGGCAGACAAAGGGAGACGAAUGAGGAUGUUGACAAUCCUCCUGUUAUUAAGAGUAUAGAUGACCAAAGGCAGGAGAAGAUAGGUCGGGAUUUGGUUAAUCGUCGUUUGUCCAAUUUCCAGCCUCAGCAACAGCAGAAGCAGGUAAUUAUUUGGGAUUCGGAGGCAGGAUCUGACGCUAGCCGUGGCAACAGUUCCGACGACCUUGCCCUCAGGAUGAACAGUUCAGUAGAAAUGUCGCUUGAGGGCCGGAGCCAGUGGCCGCAAGACUUCAAGAGUCACUACGCAUUGCAGGCCGAGCCAAGGUCGUACAGCGUGCCUCACGGCAUGGUGGCGCGACUCAACGCUUGCAACCACAGUAAGGAGGAGAACGCCGUUGUUGCUGCAACAGCUUUCAGAAUGGCCGAUCUGAAGCAGACCUCAGCGGCUCAUAUAGAGCAGGAUGUUAUCAACAAACAGCGCCAUGAAAUCCACCUUCUGAUGGAGGAGCUGGGCACUCGCGAUCGGGAACUCAAUGACCUUGUCAGGUCGCAUCAGUCCCAGGUCAAGGCCUGGGAGACGGACCGGGAACGACUUAGUGAGCUUCAGAUACGACUCCAUCAGUACGAAGAGGAGUUGGAAAAGAACGACCACCAGCUGAAGCAGACAGUGUCCGAAAUGACGCGGGUGUGUGAGCAGAAGGAGCACGAUGCGAGCGACCUGAAGAGGACCAAAGAGGAAAUGGAGAAACUGGCUGAGAAAAUCGGGGAAAACUCUCGCUACAUCCAGGGUAUCGAGGUGGAGAACAAAAGUCUGACCGACUCGGUGCGGGAACUUAUUGCUCUGCGUCACAAGAUGGAGGCUCGGGAGAGAGAGAUGGACACCAUGCUUAAGGAAAAGGAAAGAGAGCUGGCAGCUCAGGAGUCGAGGAUGGCAGAGAUGGCGGAGGAUAUGAAGUACUAUAAGUGUCGCGUGGAGGAGACAGAGGAGAAACUUUCUAACUUCAACACAGAGUCAGCGGCCUGGAAAAAAAAGUACUGUAUGGCUCGUGAUGAGGCAGACAGACUUCAAGCCGACUGUUCUAACAAGGAUGAAGUUGUUUCUAAGAUGACCCAGCAGCUUCAUGAGUCACUGCAACAAGCUAUCGCCCUGCAGAAAGCUCUGUUCACCAGCUGUGAGCGUGAGAAGUGCAAAGAAGAAGUGCUCUACUCCAUGCGCAAACAGCAGAAGCGAACGAUGCAGGAGCUGGCUAGCUUGCGACAGCUGUAUGAUCGACAAAACAAGGACUUGACUCUGUACCACCUGAGCGUCCAGGAAAAGGAAAACUGGCGGAUACAGGAAAGAGACCGGGAGCGCUGCCGGUCACUGGAGAAGACGCCCUCAUCUACAGGCAACAAAGAGGAGGAGGACAAGAACAUGAGCCAUCGCUUCCGGUCGCAGAGCGAGUUGAAGUUUCCCGUCUCCGGCUCCAGUUUCCUGCUUAAGGAGGUAAAGAGGAAGCCCUCCUCCUCGCCACCUGCAACGGAGUCGGCUGAGUGUGAUGAGAGUGACGGCAAAGCCAUUGUCACCGACUCCAGCAGACGGGAGGGCUGCGCUAGUACAUUGGAGGUCUCUCGCAAAAGUUCCGGGCCGGAAAGUAGGUCACGGGCUCGUCGUCGGCCCCACCGUGUCAAGUCCUGUAAUGCGGCCACCAGCACCAGCGACAUGACUGAUGGCUCUCAGUGCGACUGCGAUUCGAGUCAGAGGUCAAGGUCAAAGUCCAUUUCUCCGGAGCUAACUACGAACAUGAAUGCCAAAACAACUCUGUCGCCAAAGUCCCAGUCUACUCACAGUACCUUGGUGGAGGACAGGUCCAGGACAACUUCAAACAACAGCUGCAAACACAGCGAAGGCCCCUCUCAAACGAGCCCGUCCCAGCACUUAGAGGGCAGGAGGUCCUCGUUGUCCCCCAUGGGGUCACAGCAGUCCAGCCCAAGAUCUUCUCAGUCCAAGAGGAUGAUGUCAGACGACGUUGACAGAUGGAAGAAAAGGCGACAAGAAAAGGUCAAGAAGCGGUUAGAGUCGAGGGGGAUGCUGGACGACUCUUCCGAAAUGAGCCAGCUCUCAUCACCAGAGAGGCGGUUGGACGAUGAUUUUGCUCCGGCCGACAGCGACGGGAUGUGCCCCGAGCUGAAGAGAGAUUUAGGUUCCCUGGGUGGAAAUAAACAUACAGCCUGCUCAGACUUGUUCAAGAAGAGUGCUAUCGCUGCUCGGAAACACUUCUUGUCAAAAAUGCCUGCCAGUCUAGAGCCCAGCUCCAACAGGUCGAGUUUCCUUCGUAAAGAGACUGUAGCCAGCCUGGCUUCCUCUGGUGCUGAUGAUGAAACUACGCCUCCAGCCCAAGCCGUGGUAAAACUUGUUCAAAAGGACACAAAAAGUCCCAUAAGAGAGUUCUGUGCCAAGGCUUCUUCAUGUAGUGGUGAAGAUGAAAAUGGAAAAAGCCUUGAAGAUGGAUGGGUUGAUGGUGUCAUUCGUUUCACACGUGUGAGUAAUGAUUUUGGUGCUGAAGCUCGGUCGAUUGGGGCAAGACAUGUGAAGGGAAAUGGUCAGACGGUAAUCGUUUUGCAGGCUGGAGAGGCUCAGGAGACGGUUCAAGAGAUUCCAUCGGAGUGCCAUGUUGGCUGUGAUUCGAUAGAUCGUGUGUGGAGGGCUACUAGGGAAGAGUGUGAGAGACCACGAGAAGAGAAGAAGUCGGCAGCUUCCACACCGGGAAACAACCAGUCGGGUAACAGUGAAAACCUCGGCAAGAGUCGACUUCAGUCGGGGUCAAAGCCGAAAGUGACAUUCAAGAAUGACGAUCCCAAUAAGCCAUUCUCAUCCUCUGAGCGAGGGAGGAGUGUCGUAUCAGAUCACAGUGAGUCGGAGGAGUGGUCAGCUUGUAGGACCACGUUGGGCGAUGGGCUUAACAAUAACCAGGGACAACCCUCUGAGAGGACUUCGGCGCAUGGCCAAGUAGAGAAAGUAUGUAUCACCAAUAGUGUGGCGAACAAAGGGCAGCUUCCAAACUCUGUUGAUGAUUAUUUGGCACAGACUAAAUCAUCAGUUCCCGAAGUCUACUUCAGUAGCAGACCUGGUCAGAGAAUCUCAAACUCGAUUCAUACUGAUGAGAAUACCUCAAACCGUGGUCACAGAAAACAACAGAGCAGAGAAGGAGAUCCUGAGGUGAGUUCGCAAAGGGGAGGGCCUGCUCUGAAGAAUUCUUCCUUAAGCCUUCUUAAAGAGAAGACAAAAUGUCUGAGGUUCAACGAUACAGAGGGAGAGCUGGUGAGGGAGAGAAAUUCACCCUCCUUAUCCUGCUCCCCCGCCUCCAGUUGCAGUAACGGCAGCAACUCUCGUUCACGGCGGGCAAAAUCCUCUAGCGAAACGCCGGUUGGCGACAAGGCUGAGCUCACACCCCAACAGGUCUCCAGCAAGGAGCAACAGAAACAUCACCGACCAGUGCACAGAGACAGGGGGGCGGACAUAGUGUCAUCUAGUGUAGGACUACAGGGGCCAGACUCUGAGGACAGCACUAACGAGGACUUGAGCAGUAGAGGUAAGGGAAGUUGGUCAAGCAGUAAUAAAAGCAGCGUUGUUGAGAGUUCAAUCAAGCAGAGGCCUUACUUCUAUGUGGAGGCGUCAUCGUCUGACACAAAGUCGAGUCGCGACAAGAACCGUAGUGCGAAGGAAAGCUCGGAGCGCUCGAAUAAGGAACGAUUUGGCAGAGUGUCGGAUCUGACCAUGAAGGAAAAACCUUUCUGUUCUGUCCGAGGACCAUCUCUGUACCAGCAGCUAUCUAAGAUCCACUACUGUGAGAAGACUCGGCGCUAUGAAUGGACGGCCCCAGCUGAUCAGAAGCCGGAUGCUCAAGAUAGUGGAAGGGAAGAGAACAAGAGUAACAAUUGUUCUGGUGAGUGCAGUGUAAGUCUUCGAGAUGAUGAGCCCACCACGGUGUCUAGAGAUGACCUAGUCUCUGUAAGGCACAGUUUGGCUGAGGUGACGAAUGUCAAAGAGCACUGCUCCAAUGAGUUUGAUGUUGUCGAAGGUUCUGUUCUCAAGUUCAACACAAACAGCAGUAAAAAAUAUCAAGAUAUGCCAAGUGUUAGUCCUGUGGCACCAACCUUGAGCCAUAAGUCAGCCCACGAUUCUGUAAGUUCCACUGUCCCGGGCCCUACCCAGCUGUUGAUGGAUGCUGAAGAUGAUGUCUGGCACUCAUGCGACUCGGCCAUUGAGAGUAGGAUGGUUGAUGAUAUAAUGAACGUCUGUGAUGCCAGCGACUUCCUGGAGAAGCCGAGUUUCCUGUCGCCUGUCGCAGGUGCUGUGAGUGGUGGGGAGCACAAGCACCACAGUGCCAAACACUUGGGAGCUCUGGAGCCUGUGGUGAAGAGACUGGACUUCAGUGCAACAUUUGAUGAAGAAGAGGAGUCCUGUUCUGUCCAAAAUCCUGUCAAAUUGUCAAAGCAAAGUGACAAAUUGUCUCCUCUUGAUUCGCAAGGGAAGUUGUUUCACGAACUUGGGGAAUUAUCUUCUGUGGAUAGGACCAUGAGACUUUCAAAUGGACUCGAUAAAUUGUCUGCCUUAGGUACUCCGGAAAAGUUUUCUGAAGAACAGAAUGAUUUGUCUUUUAAAGAAGGGCCUGUGAAAAGGUUUUCAGAGCCCAAUAAGUCACCUUCAGUGGAAGGGCCUGUGAAGUUGCCUAGUCAAACUGGUAAUAUAUCUUCCCAGCAUGUCUCUGGCAAGUUGUGUCAAUGUCCUGACGUGUUGCCGUGUGUGCACUCGGGCUGUGAGUUGGAACCUGUCAGAGACACGGCAUCUCCAGACAUGAUGAUACCUAUGUCUGUCGGGGAGGCAGAGGCACAACUCUGUGAUCACAUCAGUACUCCUAUUGAUGGAGUGGCUGUGAAGAUGGUCAACGGUGAAAGUAAUUUAUCUCAGAAAAUAGAAGAUACCCCUCUAGAUGUUCCUUCUCAUAUUAACGGCCAACUACAGCAUGCGAGUGUGAGGAAAUUUCAUGAAGAUGUUUCUGAAGUCAGUGUCGUGGAAGACUUUCAAGAUAUAGGAUUGAACUGUGAUGUAUUAACGAAGGAAAAGGCCGCAAGUGUGCUCGAGAGAAGUGAGCUAAUUCAGGCCCAGACCCUCAAACUCCUGCAGUUCACCUCAACAGAGUUCAUGUCGUUUGACAUUCCUGAACAGGAUCUACUCUCGGGUAAAGAAGUCAGGACACCAUCAGGAAAAGAGUCGCCGCACCACAGCAAAAGUCAUGAACUGGGAGAGACCUCCUUGACAGGCAAGUGGUCAUCAGCGGGGUCCUCAGAUGUCCAUGAGAGGUCUGAUGGUGAGGUGAUGGUUGACCAGUUUGAAGAGCGACUCUCGUCCUUUCUUGAGGAACCAUCAGAAGAAGAUCAGAGUCCCCAUUUCCCCAUGUCGCCUGCUACAAAGCUUCACAGACUCCUGCUGGAAUCACAGGAGAUGAUCCUUUGCCUCGAGCGCUCCUCCGCUGUGCCAAAGUCUCUUAGGUCUAAGACUUCUGUCUCGUCUCACUGUUGACCACUGUCCAGUCACCAGAGAAGAGAUUGCUGCAGGGAGGUGCCAUUUGGCCAGGGAAUACACAGAAUGAAUUCACAUUGUUUUUUUCCACUCGACAAAUGAAUCCUGCUGAUGUGACUGUUGAAAUAAUUCAGGUUUAUCAAAGUGUCAUACCCAUUUUGAGGAAACUUGUAAUUUGAUUCAUAUGUCAUGAAAGCCUGCUUGAUGAAUGAUGAUGAAUCAAGUUACUUCACUUAUCACGCCAAAGCAUCACCGAAUGAAUCCAGUUUGAUGGAUUUGCAUUUUCUUUUGACAGAAUAAAUGAGAGCAUCUGCCCAUCUUUUGGUUUGUUACCAAAUGAAUCCAAACAUUCUGUCUAUCACAUCUGCUCAUUACAUGAGUCUUGGGUUUUUCCUUCUUCUAUGUAGCUGCUCAGAGACUGAUUCAUAUCGGCCUGUCCAUCACAUCCAUAAAAUGAAUGAAUUUAAUUUGUCCUUUUCCAAUAUGUGUUCAAACAAAUUGUCCUCAUAUCCCAUCCAUCAUUUGAAAGCGCCAUAAAACCAAUGCCAUCCUAAACUAUCCUAUCAAAUGUUUCCAGUUUUUUCAUCAAGCCUUUUCUCAAAGAGAAUGGAAAUAAGUGUUUGGACCUAUUGAUACUCUUGUCACAGAAUGAACCUAGGUGAUCCGUAUGUCAUUCUCUGUUCUUAUCCAGUCCAAAUUGUUGAUCUGUCAUCAGCGUUUCUACCGAAUGAGUCUUAGCCUUUAGUUUUGACUCUUAGAAUUAGAAAGUCAUGUUGUUUUAGUUCAGUAGCUCAGCCCUAACAUCAAUGGUACGUGGAGUAAAGUGGUUGUAAUCUAUGUGUCCACUGAUUUUACUUCUUACCGAAAGUGGUAAAUUUUUAUCUCGGGGCUCCACUGUCUUUGUCUAUCAUUUGUUAUCGUGAUUAGACAGUUGAAGAGCUAGAAUAUGUAGUCCUGGGUUACUUCCACUCCACAGAGUGAGGACUAGCGUCUGUCUUGUAACUAUAAUGCUCUUUGCUUUUCAUGCAAAGAGACAUGAGUUUGCUUCCCUUGUGCAAAUAUAUUUUUAGUAUCUCCCCUUUCUGCUGACACAUAUCCCACACAGGCUGGGUUGGCUCUCACUGAUAAGGUCGAAGCAUGCAACUUCUAAAUGAUCUUUAUUGUAAAUGAAAGGCUGUAAAACGUACUUUGCAAUGACUCCCUAUGCCAGCCUGUUUAAUUCCAGCUCACUCCAUCUCGAGUCGUAACCUGUUAGGCUUUAAAAUGCCAUCAUUCAUCUAUUUUUAUUCGGCUAUUAGUUCCCCUCUGCAUUGAGCGGCUUUGUCUCUCACCCAUCAUCAUGUCUUGCCAACUGGCUAAUGCCACGACUGGUGCUAAAAUUGAUUUCAUCGUAAUAUUUUAGAUGAAUUUGUUAUACUUAAAGUGUGCCGACAAAAAUAUCUGUGUUGAUAUUGAGAGGGAUAAUUUUCAUGCCAUGACGUUGUUUGACCUUAAGUUCUGCUGAGGACUUGAAUAUCUAUCCUAAAAGUCACUUCUAGGUGAGGCCUCCUUGUAGAAGAAAGUUUUACAAAGCAGUAGGUAGUAAUUUUCAAUUCUUGCCUAUCAAACACCUAUCAUCCUUACCGCUCCUCCUUCUUUUUUGUUACUCUCUUGUUACAACUCUAAUCUUUGGCACUUAUCUGGCCUAAUUGUGUUGCAAGUGCUGUAAAACUCUUACUUAAACUAAACUGAACUGAGAUGUCAAGUUGUAUUAUCAAAGUGAUCGCUUGCCUUUGAAGAGUUUUAACUGUGCGGUCAAGCCUCCCUGCCAAGUUACUGCCGUAUUGACCUAAAAACAUGCCCAUCUUCACUUUGUUUAUCUAUGUUAUAUAUCUAUGCACAUCAAGUCAGAGGUAUUACACUGCUC